AUGGCUGAUAGAACUCGCGUUAAGCUUUGGGCGCUUGCCCUCGUUGCCCUUGUGAGCUUCGAGCUCGCCUUGGCAGCUAGACCCCUCGCUGGAGCUAGGGCAGGAAGCGGCGGUGGAGGUGGAGGUGGAGGUGGAGGGGGAGGCGGCGGCGGAGGCUCUGGCCGCGGGUCUGGAUAUGGCUCCGGCUAUGGCUCUGGAUAUGGUGAGGGUGUCGGUGGCGGGAGUGCCGGAGGGUACGGUAGAGGAGGCGGAGGCGGCGGCGGCGGUGGAGAAGGAGGCUCUGGCUAUGGGUCCGGCCACGGUUAUGGAUCUGGAUACGGCGAGGGCGCGGGAGGAGGAAGUACCGGAGGGUCUGGGAAGGGUGGCGGCGGCGGCGGCGGUGGGGGAGAAGGGGGAGGUGUAGGCUCCGGCUCCGGGUCUGGCUACGGGUCGGGAUACGGUGAGGGCGUUGGGGCUGGUAAUGGCGCCGGAGGAUAUGGCAGGGGCGGCGGAGGCGGAGGCGGAGGCGGAGGCGGAGGAGGAGAAGGAGGUGGUGAUGGGUCGGGACACGGGUCCGGGCAGGGGUAUGGAUCCGGAUAUGGCGCCGGCGCCGGCGGUGCUCAUGGCGGUGGGUACGGCCGUGGAGGAGGCGGCGGAGGCGGUGGCGGAGUGGGAUCCGGCUCAGGCUCCGGCUCCGGCUCCGGUUCCGGCUACGGCAGCGGCGGAGGAAAUGGCCACAAUUAG